AUGGAACGUACUUUCAUCGCCGUGAAGCCCGAUGGCGUCCAGAGGGGCCUGUGUGGCGAGAUCAUCAAGCGCUUCGAGACCAGAGGCUUCAAGCUGGUGGCUGCCAAGUUCAUGCAGGCGUCUGAGGAUCACAUGAAGAAGCACUACCUGGACCUGAAGGACACGCCCUUCUACGCUGGACUCUGCAAAUACAUGUCCUCUGGACCCGUCUUCGCCAUGGUGUGGGAGGGGCAGAACAUCGUGAAGCUGGCCAGGAUGAUGCUGGGAGAGACCAACCCAGCUGACUCCAAACCAGGAAGCAUCCGAGGAGACCUGUGCAUCAACAUCGGCAGGAACAUCGUGCACGGCAGCGACACGGUGGACAACGCCAAGACGGAGAUCGGCCUGUGGUUCAAGGCCGAGGAGUUCGUGGCCUACACGCCCUGCGCCCAGGCCUUCCUGUACGAGUAA